AUGAAAUUCACUCAAAUCCUCAGCUUGUUCUUCGUCCUCGCUUUGUUGAGCGCUGUAGUAAUCGCCAACCCUGAAGCCCACCCUGAAGCCAACCCCGAACCAUACGACUACUAUGACUACUACAAAUACAUCACCAAGACCGCCUACAAGACCAUCACCGUCACCGUCAAGAAAGAGAAAGACCCCUACUACG